GGGGGUGGGAGGCGCGCCAGACCCGGGUCUACGUGGGCACGAAUGGCGCGGGGUUGCCCUGGGGAGCGCGCGCGUCUGCUCCAGUUGGUUGGGCUGCUGGCGGUUGAAAUGCUGUCUUCUCCACCUCCUCCCCAGCUGCUUCUCCUGGUAGCCCUGGCGGGGCUCCUAAGUCCCGGCGAGGUGGUGGCAGAACCGGCGGAGGAAGCGGGAGCCCGUUGUCCCGAGGGCCUGUGGCCUCUGCCCCCACAGGUGUUACCAAGAGUGACUUACACGCAGGUGAGACAAAGGCAGGCUGAGGUUGUCACCUUCCACUACCACCCCUGUGCCCACCCCUGGCUGAAGCUCCAGCUUGUCCUUCUGGCCCAUGUGUGUCUGGCUAAGCCCACACUCAUUCCUGAUUCCAGUCUUACUCGGGACCGGCCCCUGGUGCUGACAGCCUGGGGCAUGGCACUGGAGAUGGCAUGGGUAGAACCAGCCUGGGCUGCCCACUGGCUGAAGAGGCGGUGGAGGUGGAAGCAGAGGAAGAAAGUGUUUCUCGCGGACAUUUUUCCUAGGCCUUCUCCCUUGGUGCCAGCCUCCAGCAGAGGGAGGUUGUGUGGGAAAGGGUGUGUGCAGGCCCUGACUCUGGCCUUUGCUUUGCGGAGCUGGAGGCCUCCUGGUGUAGAGGGGACAUCUAGAGGACCCAGGCAGCCCUCUCUCAGCGGUGCCAAGAGAAGGGAGCUGCGGGCUGCCCUCCGUCUCCAGUCCACACCCUCAGGCUGGAGGCUUCCCUUGGCACAGAGCUUAAAGGCCCAGCAGCCCAUUUUGGGACUCUUGGCUGAGGGGGAUAAUGCCUCUUCUGUGACCCCUGUCUCCUUGGUGACCGGUGGACCCAGAGGCAAUGCUAGCUCCAGGACAGAGGCUCAGAUACCCAAAGGGCAAGACAGUGCAGGGGGUUGUGCCUGCAGGAGUCAGGCUUCGCCGGCCCCUCGAGCAGCACCUUCUCCAUACGCAGCCCGGGUCCCCACUCCGCGCACGAAAGAGGCUGCCUGGGCUGCCAUGGCCCUAACCUUCUUGCUAGUGCUGCUCACGCUGGCCACGCUCUGCACGCGACUGCACCGAAACUUCCGGAGGAGCGAGAGUAUCUACUGGGGACCCACAGCAGACAGCCAGGACACAGUGGCUGCUGUGCUGAAGCGAAGGCUGCUCUUGCGCCGGAUCAAGCGCGCCCGCCGAAGGCCCCUGCUCCCACCCACACCGGACAGUGGCCCGGACUCGGAGAGCUCGGACUGAGCAGGCUCAGCCGGGGUCCAGCUUCUCUUCCGGGGGAGGCGGGGCACCUCUGCCACGGGAGUUGGGUGUGGGCGCCGCCUGGUGGCAGGCAAGAAUGGCCUUAGAAGUUCCGCUUCUGGGUUGGAUGCUUGAGGGGGCCACCAACGGAUGAGGAGCAGGCAGCCUUUUCAGCUCCCUGACCCAAAUUCUCCGUUUCUCAUUAAAUUAUUUUAGUAGAAUUUAGA